AGUGGCGCCGAAGGACUGUUUAAAUGCAUGGCAGAGACGCGCUGUCGGUGUGUUUACUAACAAGACUAUCAUGGCGGCAGUGGAGCUGAAGUCGAGUUUCUCCACCUGGAGAUAUUCUCACCAUUUCACUUUUGUCGAGCACAGAGAAAAGAACGUUUUAGUUAAAUGUAAGUUGUGUCUUGGCGGGUCAAAGAGCCUAUCUACUGCCCAAAACAGCAAUUCAAAUCUGUUGAAACAUCUGCUGAAACAACAUGCUGGGACGAAGCUAGUAGCUAAGACCAAAGACCCAGACUCAUCCGACGCCACUCCACCUAAGCAACAGCUGCUGGAUUUUAACCGAGGGACUGCUAGCCAGGGAAAAGUUGAUGCUAUUGCACGGUCUGUAGAGAUGUCGUCUGUGUGGCAGCAGGAGCCGUCGGAGUACUCCCCCUGCGUGGAGAUCGACUCCAGCUCUGUGAGGAUUGAAAACACAUACACCUCUCCGGCUUGGCUGAAGCAGGAACAAGACGACCUCCGCAUCAUCAAGUGGGAGAACUUCCAAACUGCUGCCUCAGCGGAUUCUGUUCAGGACAACACACCCAGCAGCGCCAUGUCAGCUGGCUCACAUGCAGAGAGCCUGCCCCCCCGGGUGCUGCUGACCAUGACCAAGCUGCAGUGCAUGCUGGAGACCAAACAGGAGCGUAUCGCUGCACUGGAGAGACAGGUGGAGGACCUGAUGCAGGACCGCAAGUUCCUCAGGAGCCAGAUUGAAAACCUCACCAGUAACCGCUCCAUGUCCACCUUUGCAUCUCCCAGUCCACUCACUGAAGCUCCUAGACACAGCAAAGUGCAGCACUCAGAAAGCAAAUCUCGGAGGAGAGAAAGAGUUUCCUCGUGUUCCCCUGACAGCAGCGACAGCGCCUCUGAAGCGUCGGGAUCAUCAGAAUUUUCAGCGGCCUCAAGUGAACACAGAAGGAAAAAACACCACAAAGACAAGAAAAGAUCGAAGAGAGGGAAGGACUACAGCAGGAAAAGGGCCACCGGAGUCCAGUACGUCAUCCACCGCUACAAACAAGUCCUGUCAUCCUUCGUCAAGAAGAAAAGCAUGAGUGAAGCCUUCCGUCACCUCGGAAUCGACCGGAACACCAUCGCCAACACAGCAUGUAUUGCCGAGCUCCACCUGGCCGGCAAAGACAUGGUCCCCCUGGUGGGGGUGUUCCGCCAAGGAGAAGAGACCCUGGUCAGCUACGCCCAAAGGUGCACCUUGGUGAUUGACAGUGACGCUGACCUCUCCCGGAGGAUAGACAUUAUGAAAGCUAACGGAGAGCUUCUGCCCAUCUCGGGGAAAAGGCCCAGAGCGAUGCAUUCUCACCUGCAGCAGCUAGGGGGCGCUGCAGAGAGCAUUUUAAUAGGUUGAUGAUUAUCUCAUUUGGAUGGAGAAGUGAGAAAUUAUGCCUUCAGAGUUGACAUGCUUUUGAUGAUUUUACACUUAUCAGAAAGACUGGAUUUAAAUGUCUGAUGUAGCAUUUUUUUGUGUAUUCACAUCUCAAGGAGAACAAUAAUGUACAUUAUUGAGAAUCACAUUCACACAUUUAAUGUUUAUUUUUUACAUAACAUACAUACAACUGAUUUACAGCUGCUGUCACCUAUACAUUUUCCUUUUUUAAUUGUAAGAGAAGUGUGUGUAGUGUUAGAAAAAGCCACAAGAUGGCAGUGCUCACAUAGCAGAGAAAUCAUUCCUCCUGUCAUUUACUUCCAAAAUGGUGGAUAGUCAAUUUCCAUUUCCCGGCACCUUGUUUUUGUUAGAGGUGCUCAUAGACUCUGUUUCCCCUUUGAUUCAUAUGCUGUCGUUGAACCAAAUUAUUUGAAAACGACAUUUGUUACAGUGUGUCCAUGUUCCUGAGCUGCCAACAAAAUGAAAAAACACUGUGUCCAUAUGAAAAUGUUGUCUUUGUUUUUUAUCCUAGGGUAUAUUUUCAGUGUCCUGUAUCGAGACACUAUCACAUGAUAAUACUUUACAUGACAUUUAGUAGAAUACAGAACUUUUCAGAAGCCACCUGAUCUCAAGGGAUGGGGAAGCAGCCCUAACAUCAAUCACAUGAUCAAACCAUACUUCUGUAAGCUGAAAUGUGAUUCACAACGAACGAAAUGCAGAAAAAAUAGAUGUGGUGUUACAUUAGCUGUCAGAGGCGUAUUUGUUUUGAGUCUCUUGACCACAGAUGGAAAAGCUUGGCGAGACAUCCUUGGGCGAUGGUGAGUGUCAGUGCAAAGUGCCUUGCCUGCUGUUUGCUUUUCACAUGGAGUGACAAAUAACCUGCGCAGAGCCAUUACAGAGGCUGCACUCGGGCUGUUUAUCUUUGCAUGGGACUGUGUCACUGUCACUCCCAUUCACACGCCCGCUAUCUGCUUAUCUUUCACUCUCCCAAUGUC